GACUCUGAUGACAGUGAAGGAGCCUCCCAUUUGUUUUCGUUUUCUUUUUUUUAUACAUAUCGAUCACUGUUGAAACUUGGAGGAGAGGAUCGUAGAGGGAUCUCCGAAGGAUCUCCGGGUACCGUGGCUGUCUGAAAGUCUCUGGUUUUUGUUUCCAGGAUGCCGUUUCUGACUCGGCCAGCACUGAGAACUUAUCUGACACCAAACAGGAGAAAGGUGGAGGUCUGUUCGGUGGACUCCUCAAAAAGACGCCCAAAGGAGAAAAACUGAGACUCCAGUAAGCAGUUGUCCAAUGUAACAUAUAUAAAAGCUCAUAAAUGACUUUCUGUUUCAGGACAGAGAGGCUCAGAGGGAGCUGUCAGCCAGCUGUGAACACCUGGCUGAGAAUAACAAGGAGAAAAACAUUUUCAGCAACAUGUUUAAGAAAACACAGAAGCUAGCAGCAGAGGGCGCUAAAGAAGAGACAGAGGACAUGGACACUGAAAGACGAUUGUCCGCCAGCAGUGAGAACCUGACUGACCCGACCGGCCCAAAGGAGAAAAAAGGAGGCCUGGCUGGAAAAUUCAAAAGAUCUUCAAGCUUUGACAACUUGCUAGACGAGGGCAAAAAUAUUUUCAGCGGCAUGUUUAAGAGAAGUGCGAAGCCUGCAGAGGAGGGGACAAAUGCGACCGGCAAAAACACAACGUUGUUUGGCAGCACUGAAGAUCUGCAGGAGGCAAACCCAGCAAAAGAGAAAACAGGAGGACUUACAGGGUUCUGUAAAAAGUCGCCCAAACCGUCUCCGCGCUCUGUUGCUGCUGAGGAUCCGCUGACGAAGCAGCUGUCGUCCAGCUGGGACAGCCUCACUGAGGCCGGGAACGACGACAGCGCCUCUCAACAAAAACUGUCAGCCAGUACAGAUGAUCUUUGUGACACCUCCAGUACCACCAAGGAGAAAAAAGCCAGGAUGUCCGGGAUUUUCAGACGAACGCCUAGAAAUACGGAGCAGCAGGAAGAUGAAGACGCGACGCCACCUGCUGGACGCGGACUGAGUUGCAAGAGAACCAUAAAGAAGAAACAAAGAGUUGUGUCUUUCCGAGUCAAGAAAACUCUUCCCAGAAUGUCCAACGAGAAAUCCAGUGAAAUGCCUGUGAUUGAGGAGAGCGUUGAGAUGGAGGAGCUGAACACUCCACAGGAGAGAACGGUGGUGGUGGAGCCGGUGGAGAUGGCAGCAUAUCCCACUGAAGAAAGCGUGGCCCAGAUGGAGCAGGAGAACAAUGAGCUGAUGGAGUGGUGGAACUCGGCGGAAGGUUGGACCGAGUGGAACGAGACCUCAAAUUUCCAGGAGGAAGAUGAACAAAUUGUGAUGGAGCAGGCAGCCGAUCGAGUCUACAUGGCAGCCAGAGUUUUCGUUCACCUUUUCAACCAGCGGGGGGCGUCCUUGCAGCACCGCAUCCUGGAGCUGUUGGCGAUUGCCGACGCCGCAGACGAGUUCCACAAGAAGACGGUGUCGGCCGCAGUGGGAGGGGGCGUGGCCAGCGUGGCGGGCAGCCUGGCGACCAUCACCGGCCUCAUCCUGGCUCCGUUCACCUUCGGGGCGUCGGUCAUCGUUACGGCGGUGGGGAUCGGAGUGGCGACGGCCGGCAGCAUCACGUCGGCGACGGCCAACAUCACCGACACCGUGCACUCCAACAUGGACCGCAAGAAGGUGGAGAAGAUGAUCCAGGGCUACCAGGAGGAGAUCCAGGACAUCAGGACGUGCCUGGAGUUCGUUCAGGAGGGCAUGAACACCCUGGAGGAGUGGGAUUUUGAGAAAUACUCAGAAAGUGCCACCAAAAAGGCUCUAAACCACAACAUUAAACACGUGAUGAAGGAGGGCGGCCGGGCGGGGAAAGCCCUGAUGAUCAACACCGAUAAGCUCAUCAGCACCGUUCAGGUUCUGGGCGCAGCCGGUGGCGCCGCCAAGGCCGUCAAGGCCGUCAGCAUCACCACGGGCGUCAUGUCCGCCCUCUUCCUCGCCCUGGACAUCUUCUUCCUCGCCAAAGACUCCCACACACUCCACAAGGGAGCCAAAACCAAGUUCGCCGUCAAGAUCCGGCAGGUGUGCAAAGACCUUCAGGAAGGCCUGCUGGAGCUGAACAAGGUGAAGACGCAGCUGCAGAAGACGAUGGACGGCAUCGAGGUGGAGGAGUACGAGGACGUCGAGGAGGUGGAGGUGGAGGUGGAGGACGAGUUUGAGCCCGACCCGAAGAAACUGGCAGAGCUGGAGCAGGAGAUAGACUUCCUGGAGGAGAAACUGGACAAAAAGGAGGAAGAGGUGGAGCCGAAGAAGAGCAAAGAGACGACGGCAUUGGAUAUCUUUAAAAUUAAGGAGAAAAAAGAGGAGAAGAGCAUGAAGGAAAAAGAUGUGGAAGAAAAAAGGGAGGAUGAGGAGCCAAAGAAGAGCAAAGAGUCGGUGUUGGACAUUUUUAAAAUAAAGAAAGAGAAAAAGGAAGAGAAGAGUAUGAAGGAACAAGAAGUGGAGGAAAAAGACAAAGGUGAGAAAAUGUCUGAAUCCAAAUCUGAGAAGAAGGUAAAUGAAACGAGUGUGAAAGCAGAAAAAGACGUUUUAAAAGAACAAUUUGAGAAAGGAAGCAAGAAAGAGAAAGAAACUGGGAACCAAACGUCGCCUGGAAAGAGACCCGAGAAAAAGCCUGAAAAGUCUAAAGAACCGAACAAAACCCCAGAAAUCAAAACGAAGCCUAAAAAUGAGCAGAAAGAAAGAGGAGAAAUCCCAGAGGAGAACUGAGACGUCGAGGAGACACAGCAGCUGGAGCGAGAAAAACACGAGAAAGGAGGGAGGAGAGGGGAAGUCACCCCAGAGACAGAGACAGCUGGAGGAGGAGCAGAGGAGGAAACGGGAAGAAAAGACUUGCAUCGAAGCCACAGAGACGAAGAAUCUCCGAGGGAGAGGAAGACGAGCCAUCAUGUUAGGGAGAACGAAGAGCGGAGCGGCAGAGUGGAGAGCGUCCGGAGGCGCUUCGAGAGAGCCGCAGGAAACCAGCAACAAGAGGAGGAGAGGAAGUGGCAGGGAGUACGGGCACAGCCGGAACGGAUCAAGGUCCAAAUACGAUGCCUGGGGCACGACGGCCUGAACAUCUAAACCAGAGUUUAGAAGAAAUGAUCACACUAAACCAAACUAACGUGGUAAAAUCACAGAAAAGAGGAAAAACAGGAUUUUCUGCAAGAUUUUCUCUAAGAUGGAGAAAAGCUUCUGCAGAUGUUCAAGGUCCAACAUGGAGAACCUUCAGGCACUAAGACCCGCCUCUUGGCUCUGAUUGGUGGCUUGAGAAGGCAGAGGAAAUUGAUUUUUUCCAGAUUAUCUGUUUCAUUUUUUACUGUUUGGCGUCUCGACAUGGUGACAGUUUCAACAAAUAUGUAAUAAAUAUUUUUUUAUAAAAGUUACGUACUGCAGCUUUAAGGGCAGUGGGCUUUUUAACUGACUUAAACAUUAUGUGUUUACACUGAGAGAAAAAUUACCAAUAAUGGAACUUCUACAAAAUGUAGAAAUACUGACGCUUUUUAAUACUCUCUUUAAAUUUUAAAGUUGUUUUAGUUCCUCAGAUAAACAGUUUGUAAGUGAAAAGCAUCACUUUUUAAAUAAUUCAUAAUAUAACAACGGUUUAAUUUCAGUUUUAAGAAACAGCACCGGUGAGGUUUUAAUAUGAAUCUUCUUCAGAGACAAAUAAAAACCAAAAGCAUUUUUAAUAAUGGCUAUAAGGUCUUUUUUUUUUACAAUAAUAAAGUCGUGAUCUGACACAA